AAGAUGAUGAACGUGGCAGCUAAGUACCGCAUGGCCUCCCUCUAUGUGGGCGACCUCCAUCCAGACGUCACGGAGGAUCUGCUGUUCAAGAAGUUCAGCGCUGUGGGACCCGUGCUGUCCAUCCGCGUCUGCAGGGACCUGCUGACCCGUCGCUCCCUGGGCUAUGCCUAUGUGAACUUCCUGCAGCUGGCUGAUGCACAGAAGGCCCUGGACACAAUGAAUUUCGAUAUAGUGAAAGGUAGGGCCAUCCGCCUCAUGUGGUCCCAACGCGAUGCCUACCUAAGGAAAUCUGGAAUUGGGAAUGUCUUCAUCAAGAACCUCGACAAAUCCAUUGAUAACAAAACCCUGUAUGAGUGUUUUUCAGCGUUUGGGAAGAUCCUGUCUUCCAAGGUGAUGAGCGAUGAUCAAGGCUCCAAGGGCUAUGCGUUCGUGCACUUUCAGAACCAGAUGGCCGCAGACAGGGCCAUCGAGGAGAUGAACGGCAAGUUCCUCAAGGACUGCAAGGUGUUUGUGGGCAGAUUCAAAAACCGCAGAGACAGGGAGGCUGAGCUCCGAAACAACGCCAGUGAGUUCACCAACGUGUACAUCAAAAACUUCGGGGACGAUAUGGACGACGAGAGGCUGAGGGACAUUUUCAGUAAAUAUGGCAGGAUCGUGAGUGUUAAGGUGAUGACCAAUCCCUAUGGGAAAUCCAGAGGGUUUGGCUUUGUGAGCUUUGACAGCCACGAGGCUGCCAAAAGGGCCGUGGAAGAGAUGAAUGGGGAGGACAUCAACGGGCAGCCCCUCUUCGUAGGUCGGGCACAGAAGAAAGUAGAGCGGCAGGCUGAGUUAAAACAAAUGUUUGAACAAUUGAAGAAGGAAAGGAUUCGCGGGCGCCAGGCAGCAAAACUCUACAUUAAGAAUCUCGAUGGCAGCAUCGACGAUGAAAAGCUGCGGAAGGAGUUUGCCUGCUUUGGGUCCGUUAGCAGAGUGAAGGUGAUGCAAGAAGAAGGACUGAGCAAAGGCUUCGGCUUGGUCUGCUUCUCCUCUGCGGAGGAGGCCAGCCGAGCCAUGGCCGAGAUGAAUGGCCGAAUCUUGGGCUCCAAACCUCUCAACAUCGCCUUGGCCCAGGGGUACUAG